ACGUGUGGCACUUCGGGCGCGACGCCGCAAUGGAGAUGAGGAUUGCGUUGGCUUCGCUGCAGCUGCUGACGGCGCUGGCAGUGCUGACCCAGGACGCCGCUGCGGCCUCCACCGCCGCCGAGACGACCUUGCUCCGCUGGAGGCGCCAGGCCAUCCACUGCCAGCCGGGAGACGCGGCCUGCGCGCACUGCUCGGCUUCCUGUGACGCCGUGGAGGCGUCCCGGCUGCCCGAGUGCUGCGAGGCCUACGGCGCCUGCUGCGACCAGUACUUCAAGGCGUGCAAGCAAUGCUCGAACAUCGUAAACGAAGACAAGUUUUUCCCCGAGUACUGCUGCGCUUCCUUCACCGACUGCUGCGACCUCAUAACCACUUUCACCACGGAGGUCAAGGCCCCGACGACGCGCAAAGGCAAGGGCAAGGGAAAGGCGGACCUGCCCGUGCCCAUCACCCCGGCUCCCAAGCCCGAGGUCUUCCCAGGGGUCAGUGAGUACCCAGGCGAGGAAGCCCGGCCCUCCGCCCCCGAGGUUCCACCUGCUCCUGCAGCGCCUGUUGCCCCCGUCGCUCCUAUCGCCCCAGGGGAUCCUGCUGGCCCAGAGGCCCCUGCGGCCCCCAGCGCGCCAUUCCGCGCCGACUCAGCGCCCGCGUCUCCUGCGAGAGAGCAGCCGAAGCGGGGCCGAGGUGCUGACAGCAGGAGGGGCGGCGCAGGCGGCGUAGGCAGCGCAGGCGGUCGCGGCGCCGCCCGGGGGAGGCAGCCGCAGCGCAGCCAAGCGCAGGGACCGUCGGCCGACAGCAAGACGAGCGGCGCGUCUUCCAGGGGCCGCGUGCUGUAACGGCCGUCCUUCUGGCUCCUACUUUCGCCUUUGCUUUCUAUCCUUCAUUUUAUUCUUAAUCCUUUACUUUAUCCUACAUUUUACAUUUCCCUACUUACUGUUGCUUUUGCAUUCUCUUGACUAUAAACUACCCCUUCUUCCUUCUCCUGUAUUUCAAAUCGCUGCGAUUUUCGCCAUUUUCAAUCCCUCUUUUCUCUGUCUCUAAAUCUUCAUAAUUCAUCAUCUC